UACAUCUAUUAUGAAUUUCUGACCACAUUCUCCAUAUAUAGGACCCCUUACCUUAUCUCUUCUUCUCCUCAGUUCAUAAACCCAACGACUCCUCCUCCAAAUUCAGUUCCAUUCAUUUUCAAGAGCUGCAAUGAAGUUGGUGGUUUUGUCCAUUUGCACUACUACUGUCAUUCUUCUCCUCUGGUGCAGCAGUUGCUUGAGCUUGGCGGCACAAUAUUCACCUUCAUCAAGAUCAAAUGGAAAGAAUGAUAGGCUAGCUUUGCUGGCCUUCAAGGCUCAGAUAAUUGAUCCUUUUCAAGUUUUGAGCUCCUGGAAUGACUCCAUUCCCUAUUGCGAGUGGCAAGGCAUUACAUGUAGCGGUCGCCUGCAUCCAAAUAGGGUCAGAGUGUUGGAUUUACAUUCUAGUGGGUUGGUGGGAUCCAUAGCACAAGAAAUAGGAAACCUCAGCUUCCUUCAAGAGAUUUCACUCCAAAACAAUAGCUUCCAUGGUGUAAUCCCUAGUGAAGUAAGCUUUCUAUCCCAACUUGGUGUUUUGGUCCUAGACAACAAUUCUUUUGAGGGGGAAAUCCCAUCCAACAUCUCACGUUGCUCUAACCUUAUGACACUCAGUUUAGAUCACAACUAUAUUGUGGGAAAAAUUCCAGUAGAACUGAGUACCUUGUCAAAUCUUCAAUACCUUUCUUUGGUUGGAAACAGAUUGACAGGACAGAUCCCACCUUCCAUUGGGAAUCUUUCAUCCCUUCAAAUCCUUAUUCUGCGGUUCAAUGGUUUGACUGGAAGUAUUCCAGAUACCAUUGGUGGAAUGACAAAUUUAACCAAUCUUGCACUUGGUGUAAACAAUUUGUCUGGUAUUAUCCCUCCCUCUAUAUUUAAUCUUUCCUCACUCCAAAUGUUAGACAUGGGAGAAAAUCAGCUUCAAGGGAGUCUUCCACCAAAUUUAGGGUUCAAUCUUCCUGAUCUAUGGUGGCUUUCAAUUUCAAGAAAUCAAUUUCAUGGACAAAUUCCAAUUUCUGUAUCCAAUAUGUCAAAACUUGAACAACUUUAUGCUGUCCAAUGCAAUCUUACUGGGAAAGUAGCUAUACAUUUUGGAGGCUUAUCAAAACUCAGUAGGCUUUCAUUGGCUUCCAAUCAUUUCACAAGUGGAGAGGCUGAUGGCCUGAGCUUUAUUGACACAUUGACCAACUGUACUGAUUUAACCCAUUUGUAUCUUGACAAUAGUCAUUUUGGUUGUGUGCUUCCCAACUCCAUAGCAAACUUGUCAACCAAACUCACUGUGCUUAGACUUGAAAAAAAUCAAUUAUCUGGAAACAUUCCAAUAGGGAUAGGAAACCUUGUAAGCCUACAAGAUUUACGCCUAUCUGAUAACUUACUAGAAGGAAGUAUUCCAACUUCAAUUGAGAGACUUCAAAGGCUAAAUGGACUUCAUUUAGAUGGAAACAUAUUCACAGGUCCAAUCCCCACUUCUCUUGGAGACUUGUCAGGAUUGGUUGAGCUCUACUUAGACAAUAAUCAUUUGCAUGGAAAAAUACCUCCAAGUCUUGGAAAAUGCAACAAUUUGUUACGCUUGGACCUUUCAAAUAAUGGUUUCAAUGGUAUCAUCCCCAAAGAGAUAUUUGGGGUUUCCACAUUAAUAGAGUUAAACUUGGGUGGAAAUUAUUUGAUUGGUUCUCUACCUUUGGAGGUGGGUGGAUUGACAAAUCUUGUAACCUUAGAGGUUUCUAAGAACAUGUUGUCUGGUGAAAUCCCUAACAUCCUUAGUGCUUGUACAAGCCUAACACACAUUUUUAUGGAGGGGAACUUAUUUCAAGGAUCAAUAUCAUUGUCUCUGAGUUCUCUAAAAAGCCUUCAAGAUUUAGAUCUUUCACACAAUAACUUCUCCGGUUUUAUCCCAAAAUAUUUGGGAACAUUUCAGUUCUUACAUAAUUUAAAUUUGUCAUAUAAUCAUUUGGAGGGUGAGGUACCAACUGAAGGAGUUUUUAGAUAUUUGAGUCAAAUUUCAGUCACUGGAAACAAUGAGCUUUGUGGAGGUAUACCAGAACUUCAUUUGUCUGCCUGCUAUACUCAAAAGUCAAAAGAUUUCAAGCUGAUAGUCAUCAUAUGUGGUUGUGGGGCCUCUCUAUGUUUGAUUUUUAUGAUACUUUUUUUCAUUAUUUACCGGAGAAGAAAAGAAAGGAAAGAACCCAUAACAUUUUUGAUAGAAGGUCAUCAUUUUAUGAUCUCUUAUGCCCAACUCCUUAAAGCUACCAAUGGAUUCUCCUCAGCAAAUUUGAUUGGAGUGGGAAGUUUUGGUUCUGUGUACCAAGGUGUUCUCAAUGAUGGGGAAAUAAUUGUUGCAGUAAAGGUCCUCAACAUUGACCAAAGAGGUGCUUCCAAGAGUUUCAUGGCCGAAUGUGAAGCCCUUAGAAACAUCCGGCAUCGUAGCCUUGUCAAAAUCUUAACAUCUUGCUCAAGUGUAGAUUUUGAAGGAAAUGAGUUUAUGGCAUUAGUAUAUGAGUUCAUGCAUGGUGGAAAUCUAGAGAGAUGGUUACAUCCGCAUGCAAGUGGCGUGCAAUAUGGACAAAAGCAUUUAAACCUUGUUCAAAGAUUGAAUAUUUCCAUUGAUAUUGCAGCAGCUUUGGAUUAUCUCCACCAUCAAUGUCAUAUGCAAAUUAUUCAUUGUGAUCUAAAGCCAAGCAAUAUUCUUCUUGAUGAUGAUUUAUCUGCACAUUUGGGUGACUUCGGGAUAUCAAGGAUUCUUUCAAAAGCCACAGGUAGAUCUCAAAAUCAAAUUAGCUCUAUCGGAUUCAAGGGUUCUAUUGGAUACAUUCCACCAGAGUAUGGUGCAGGUGCGGAUGUUUCAACUCAUGGUGAUGUAUACAGUUAUGGAAUUCUACUGUUAGAGAUGUUUACAGGGAAGCGACCUACAGAUGAAAUAUUUAAGGAUAACCUUUAUCUUCAUGGCUGGGCUGAGAUGGCUUUGCAUGAUGGAAUGAUUGCUAUUGUCGACCCAUCCCUUCUCCCCAUGGAAGAAAAUGAAAUAGAAUUAGAAACAACCAACAUCAUUGGAAGUCAGCGAUGCAUGAAGGAUAGAGUGCGAGAAUGUCUUAAUUCAGUUAUUAGAAUUGGGGUUACUUGCUCAACUAAAUCACCAUGGGAUCGAAUGAACAUGAAUGAUGUGGUCAAAGAGCUACAUUUGAUUAGGGACAUUUACCUUGGAGGUGAACCAUAGUAAGGGCUAUGAAACUUCGUGUUUGGGAGGGGUGGAGCAAGCCAUAUUGCCUUUUGUUCACUGAUUUUCUUGAUGAGGCUUUUGUAACUUUGCUGG